AUGUCUCGUUCGCAAUUUCUUGCUUAUUUUCUGCUUGGAUCUCUUUUGACAACUCGUGGACGAGCGGACCGAGUAGUGGUGCAUACUAUCAAAGAUAACGAUUUGCGCCAGGAUUGCGUUUUCGAGCUCAAUAAUUAUGGAUAUAAUCUAUGCCCUCUGGUCGAGAGGAAAGAAAUAGUAGAAAGAGACAGUGUCGGAAAGAGCUACGAUGUGGAGAAAGGCGAAGGGCCAAGCACUGGACUACGAAUUUACGAAGUCGCUCUUGGAGGAUUGGAUGAAUCCAGCUAUUCCACCCGGGUUAGUUCUAGACUUGAGGGCUCAGGGUGUGAUAUGGAUACUUGGAUUUGCAUGCUGGGUGAGUUGGGCUGCUGCGCUGGGAAAUUCCCGGCUAUUCUGGGAGCACAGUUACUUAUAGAAACGUGUGGAGACGGAAGGAUAGCCAGUCAGGACAACGUAGAUAUCAGGCGCAGUGCUCCAAUAGCCAGCUCCAUCGCCCGCAAAGCAAGGAGUACUCGAAUGACCCGGCUUCUCAGAUCUACUGUUUCGUUGAACAUCAGUGGAAAUGAUAAUGAAUCCUAUAACCGCCCACUGAAACUGUCACUGUAUGGAGGAACAGUGGGAAAGCAGAAACAAUCUGCAGAGGUUUCCUUCGUAUGUUGUGACAAAGAAAAGCUGAAAUAUGUCAGAGAGGAAAAGGGCGUCCAUUUCUUCUCCUGGGCAACUUCGCACGGAUGCCCAGUAAGGUUGGCUGGUCAGACACAUUCGAAUAUUGCGGCGGCCAACGAGCCUGGUAGUGAAGGCGAAGAAUCGGCACCGGAAGAGAAGCAAGGGGAUGACGACCUCAUGCCCCUGGAUAAUAGCAGAGCACGGCGAUGGAUCGCCAUCAUUAUGGUGGUACUUGUCAGUGGCUUACUAUUUGGCACCGUACUUCUUUCCUCGAGUCGCGCACGCAGUCUCGCCACCGAGAACUUGAAGAGUGCCACAUACGCCGUAUUGCCCUUGCUGUCCCACUUGUACAUCAAGCUGCUCCCGAUUGGAAAUUCCGUAUUCCAAGCGACAAAGGCGAUCGCGCAUGCUGGAUCGCGUUUCCGACAGGGCGACAGCAAGCUUGUCAGGUGGGCACAAGAAGACAUGUCCCUCAUGGAUUCCGAAGAUUUUAUGGUUAAUGGUUCUGGUGCAAUGGGAGAAGAUGACUGGAACAUUAACGGAAUGGAAGAAUAUAUUCCACUGACAGUCAGUCCCCAGCACGGUAGACGGUCGGUGCGGUCGUAUGGUGCCACUCCCGAUGUAGAGACUUUUUCAGAGAGAGGUGCAUUCUCUGGCUUCGCGAAAUAUUUCCACAGAUAA